GUGAAGUUUUCGUGAUAUUUGCACGGCUGGCAGAUAACCAUAUUUUAUGUGUUCAGGAUGAAAAUGGAGUAAACCGUCCAGUAUGUUCAUACAUCAGACCACUUCGAGCAGGCCGACUACUAGACACACCUAGACAAGCAGCACGGUUUGUCAGUGUCCUGGGCUACGAAAGAGCUCCUGUCAUCGGAGGCGGCGGUGGCAAACAAGAACAGUGGUGCACUCUUCUUGCUUUUUUGUGUAGAAACAAGGGUGACUGUGAAGAUCACGCCAACCUUCUGUGCAGUCUUCUUCUUGGGUUUGGGUUGGAAGCCUUUGUGUGUGUUGGAACAAAAGCAAAAGGAGUCCCCCACACUUGGGUAAUGACUUGUGGGAUUGACGGAACAAUUACUUUUUGGGAGAGCUUAACAGGACAUAGGUACAUCCACAGACCUAUCAACCCUGACGACCCUCCGCUCGUCGAACAACCAAAGCCACUGUAUCCUUAUCGCACAGUAGGUUGUAUCUUCAACCAUCAAAAGUUCUUUGGAAAUUGUCAACCCUCUGACGCUGUGGAGGUCUGCGUGUUUGACCUACAUGAUGAAUCUAAAUGGAAAUCCAUGAGUGGAGAAGCAAUAAAAUCUGUAUGUCCCCCGGGAACAAUGUCUUCAGUUCCCCCUUUUCCUCCCCUGUGUGCUUCCGCGAUAGAUGCUGCAGUAGCAAGCAACGAGGUAGAAUUGCAGCUGAGAAUACUGGUCUCUGAACACAGAAAGGAUCUUGGCCUUUCUACUCUUUGGGAUGACCAUCUGUCCUAUGUGUUGUCACCAGCACUGGCAGCCUAUGAGCUCGAACGUACAACAAGUAUUUCUGCAGGAAAUGAAGAGUUUCAGGAUGCUGUAAGAAGAGCAGUACCUGAAGGUCACACAUUUAAAGGGUUUCCUAUCCAUUUUGUGUACAGAAAUGCCAGGAGAGCAUUUGCCACGUGUCUUCGGUCUCCUUUUUGUGAAGAAAUAAUCUGUUGUAGGGGAGACCAAGUACGACUUGCAGUUCGUGUACGAGUGUUUACAUACCCGGAAUCUGCAUGUGCUGUUUGGAUCAUGUUUGCCUGUAAAUACCGCUCUGUUCUUUGAAAAAAAAACCAAAAUCAUUUAUACCUUGUUUUAGAUCUGCAAAAUAAUGUAUGUGGGUAUAAAAUUAUGC